AUGGGGAAUUAGGUUUUAUGUUAAAGCGAUAGAACUGAAUCAACGUUGAGGGCUGAGUUCCAGAUUCGACAAAGAAAAGUUACUUAAGUGAAUGAGGCAGUUAAGCUAGACUUAGAAUAAGAUCAUAAAGAAUCAUUAAUACCUACUCAAUAUCAGAAUGAACAAUAGAAGACGUCAUGUCUUCUUAAUUGGUUAGAGAGUCUCCAUGAAUCUGUGUUGAUAUCUCAAAUAAAUUUAAAUUGUGAUGCUUCCACAAAAUUCUUGUCUGAAAUCGAUGAAGAGGAGGAGCAAGAUUAAAACAAGUAAUCACUAAUUGAAUCAUAAGAAAUAUUCGAAUAUAGGAAGAGCUACGAUUAUUGUAAUUCAAAUUUGGACAUGGUAAUCAUAAAUUUCUAUAUCUUAAAAAAAAAUGAAUUCAAGUAAAAAUAACUCUUAAUCAAGAAUUAAAUUAAUUAUGGGGCCUCCCAAAUAACGUAUUAGAUGGUCCUGUUGGUAAUUGAUGGCUUACACUCCCAAAUUCCAAAUAAGUUCAGAUGGACUAUCUUUUGUAGAAGAAGAUUAGAAAUAUGCUAAAGCAAUUCGGAAGGACAUUCACAGAACAGUAACAUCAAGUGACAUUAAAUACUUUGAAACUGGAGAUGGUUAAAAAGAUUUAGAAAGGGUUUUGUUAAAAUUAUCAAAGUUAUUUCCAAAGCUUGGUUAUUGUUAAGGGAUGAACUUCUUGGUGGGAUUCACCUUAAUCAUAAACAACAAAUAGAUCGAUCAAAGCUUACAAUUUUUGGCAUAGAUGAUGGUAAAUCCAAAAUUUAUGCUCUAUUACAUCUAUUAAGAUGAAAUGCCUUUAGUGA